AAGAGAGAGAUCUUCUCCCUCUUCAUGUCUCUCAAGUGAAACCUCCAGGAGCACAAAAUAACCAAGACGAAACCAAACCCAAAUGUUCUGAUCACAUCCGAAACGAUUCGAUUUCUUAGCGGUACCCGGGCAUUGCAUGCAGAAAAACCAUGGAAAGCUCCUCAACUGAAGCUUUUAUAAGCUCUGUAUUGACCAAAGAAGAAGACGCUGCUAGACUUCACAUAGAAGAGAUCAGGACCCAAAAGUUCUCCAUAGGGAAGAAAGACUCAAAUCCCUUAACUCUUGAUCUGCACCAUGCAGUCACUAGUCUAUCUGCCGAGCUCUAUCAGAAAGACAUCCAUUUCCUAAUGGAGCUCAUACAGAAUGCAGAGGACAAUGAGUACAAAGAAGGUGUACAGCCAACGCUGGAAUUUGUGCUGACCAAGAAAGACAUAACCGGGUCUGGAGCAUCUGCUACUCUGCUCGUUUUCAACAAUGAGGUUGGCUUUACUAGGAAGAACAUCGAUUCCAUAUGCAGCAUAGGCCGUUCUACCAAGAAGGGGAAGAGACAACAAGGCUUUAUUGGAGAAAAAGGAAUUGGAUUCAAAAGUGUGUUUCUUGUGUCUUCACAACCGCACAUAUUUAGCAAUGGAUAUUGUGUCAGAUUUGAUGAAGAACCAGACCAGGAUUGUGGUAUUGGGUAUGUAGUUCCUCAAUGGGUUUCCGGAAAGCCUUACUUGUCAAGCAUAUGUGAUGUGUAUGGGUCUGAGAAGAUCUUGCCAACGACUACAUUCAUCCUUCCUCUAAAGCUUGACAAGGUGGAAGCGGUAAGAGCACAAUUGUCAGAGCUGCACCCAGAGAUUCUCUUGUUUUUGUCCAAGGUAAAGCGGCUAUAUGUACGCGGGUGUGAUCCUGAAGAAGCUGGUGGUGUCUCCACAAUUUCUAUAUUUAGUGAGACUGAACAUCUGAAGUUGAGUGAUAAAACAGCCAAGUCACGAUUUGUUCAACUUUCAGUCAAAGAAAAGAUGUGUGAUGCUGAGCAGCUGUGCAAGUAUUACUUAUGGAGAGAGGAAUUUCCUGUAAACCCUAGAAAUAAAGUUCGUAUAAGGAUGGAUGUGGAGAAAUGGGUGAUCACCCUUGCUUUCCCAUUUGGAGAAAGAUUGAGAAGGGGAACAUCAUCUGUUGGUAUAUUUGCUUUCCUGCCCACAGCGAUGGUUACAAACUUUCCGUUUAUAAUUCAAGCAGAUUUCAUCCUCGCUUCUUCACGAGAAUCUAUAAUGUUGGACAAUGUAUGGAAUUUGGGAAUUCUUAAAUGUGUCCCUCCAGCUUUUGUGAAUGCUUUUCAGUCUUGUGUGGAAGACUUCUCUCUGUUUCCUUCCAUAAGUCAGCCAUUUGAGUUUUUACCUGCUCAAGAUUCACCAAUUCCUGAGUUUAGCAACCUAAGAGAGUCUAUUAGAACUAACUUGCAAGAUUUAAAGAUAGUGCCCUGUCAAGUAUUUUCUGGUAAGUGUUUAUUCCUGCAGCCUCAAUGUGCACAUCGGAUCCUGCCAAAAUUUAGGGACCUACUGGUUCGAAUUAGAAGUGAAGGGGCUGUUUCAAGUGGUUCAGCUUCAUUGAAGAGGGUCUUGCAUCCAUAUCUGGAUAUUGAAAAAUACAGUGCAGUUCUGGAGUUCCUAGGUGUGACAUCUUCCAGUGGUGCUUGGUACACAACCUGCAUCAACUCCUGCAAUCUUGUUUUGUUAUCUGAUGAGGUCUAUAUUCAACUACUUGGUUUCAUUGCUGAUAAUAAGGAAAAGUUCUCGAAUCAUAUUGACCGUGUACCUCUUAUUAAAUACAUCAAUCGGGAAGGGAAUUCAGAAUUGAGUACAAUGACCAAAACCACCACAGCAGGGAUGCUAAAGGUUCGAUAUUCUUUGGAGGUAGAGCUUCACUCAUGGCUGAACAAGUGCAAUAUGGAGCUUGGAUGUCCUAUUAACGUGUAUUUGGUCCCCAAUAGCACACAGAAAGCUCUUUUGAAGUAUCCAAAAAUUGUUAAUAAUGAAAAGACAAAUCAUUUUAAAAGCUCAUCUCUCUACAAUUGGCUUUCAUACCAUGCAGGAGUGAAAUUAUUUACAACACAUGAUUAUGCUUCCUUGCUCUGGAAUCAUGUAUUGACUGAGGAACCAUCUCUUGCAGUUACAUUGGCCAGUUUCCUUUAUCACGCCCACAAGAAAUGUUUCCUUAAUGAUAGUCAGAUACAUUAUUUCUGUGAAAGGAUCCCAGUUAUUGAUGGGGCUGGCAAUAUUCAAAUGCAAAGGACUGUCACUCUCGUCCAUGCACUAGGAAGCAAAUGGGUGAAGUUGUUUGGACCUCAGAAUCCUUUUCUGCAACAAAAUUAUGUGGAUAUAGGGGGUGUUUAUUCCAAAAGUUGUAUGUUCCUAGGAGAAUCUACUCCUAGGAAAGAGCUUCUUAAUUUUGUUUCCAAGUACAGUAAAGCUGUGGACUUACCAGAGCUGAGCCCUCCAGAUGUAACGUUGCAGAUAACAUCUCAUGAACUGUCAAGCGAACAGGCCUUUUUACUGCUUGAUUGGAUCAGAUUACUUCGAACUAGGGGUUCAUGUUUACCUACAAAGUUCAUUGAAAGCAUUCGAGAUGGAAAAUGGAUGAAGACAUAUACAGGCUAUGUUUCUCCAAGACGGGCCUUUCUUCCCAAUGAAACAGGGAAAAUUAUUUUUGAUAUGAUGAAGCAUGUUAUGGAGGAUAUCUCCAUUAUAGACGUUGAUUUUUAUGAGAAUCAAAUCAUUCUUUAUCAAGAUGAAUUGAAAUUUCUUGGUGUGGGGCUUGGAUCAGAAGCUGUGAGGAAGCUGGUUUCUGAUCACUUUAAGUCUUUUACCUCUCAGGGAAUGAGCAAAGAGUUCAGCUUUGCUUUGCUGGAUUUCAUUAGUUUCUCUAAACGAAGAAGGAUGGUGGAUAAGGAUUGGUUGUCUGUUAUGAAGGAGAAGAAGUGGCUGAAGACUCAUCAUGGCUAUGAUGCUUCUAAGGGAUCUAUUCUCUUGCCAUCUGACAUAGAAGCUGAAACAUGUUCAAAAGUUACAAAUCUUCCUAUUGUUGAUGAAGCAUUCUAUGGUAGCAGAUUAAGAUCUUUCUUAUCUGUUUUAAGGCUACUUGAGAUUGAAUAUGACAGGGAGGAGGUGCAAAAAUUAAUUGCACAGAAUGUAAUAUUGACUCCAAAUCUGUCUACGAUGACUGGUAGCUGUGGUUUAUUGCUUCUUAAAUGUAUCAGAUGUUUGGGAAGUGGAGCUGCUGGUUUGAUUAAUACGAUUAAAUGUCAACCUUGGAUGAAGACAACUUUUGGUUUUAGAUGCCCUGAAGAAACUGUCCUUAUUGAUCCUUGUUGGGGUUCUUUGUUGAGUGUUCUUCAGGUGCCUACCAUAGAUGAAUUGUACUAUGGAAAUGAAAUGAGGCAUUUCAUUGAUGAGUUGCAAGCCAUUGGAGUGGUGGUUGGAAAUGUUGGAGUAAGUAAUACGAUUGCUGCUCGGUUUAAAUCAAUCUUGUCUUCUUCUGGUCUGGCGCCUUCCAAUGUCCUGUCUCUAUUAGGUUGCAUUAGAGAAAUCAGUCAAACGAUGUCUUUACAGUCCCCUGAAUUGAAUUGGUUGCUGUGUGAGAAAUGGCUGAAAACACGUCAUGGUUAUAAGACUCCUAAUGAAUCCAUUAUUUUCAGCUCUAAAUGGGGAUCAAUCUUGUUGUAUGUGGAUCUCCCUCUCGUAGAUGAUAUUUAUUAUGGUCUUGGCAUAUAUAAGUUCAAGGAUGAACUCCAGAUGCUGGGUGCCAUCACGGAUUUUGAAGGAGGAGCUCUUUUUGUAGCUAAAGGUCUAUGCAGCCCAAUUGACCCUGAGCUAGUUUCUGCAGAUGGAUUUAUAUCAUUGCUAGAGUGCAUCAAGUCCCUGAAGUCGAGGUCUCUUGAUGACCCCUUGCUGGGUGACUUUGUCAAGAACAUUGCAAAAAGCAGGUGUCUAAAGAUCAGGAAUGGGUACAAAACGCCUGAAGAAUGUAUUCUGUUUGAUCCAGCCUGGGAAGGUAUUCUGAAGCGAUCAGAUGCACCAACAAUUGAUGAAAGUUUUACUGGAACUGACAUUUCUUUAUACAAGAAUCAGUUGAGAGAUAUUGGUGUGAAGGUAGAUCCUCUCGAGGUUUGUUCUCUUCUUUCUGGGCUUCUUUUGUCACUGACAGACACGGCAUAUAUAACAAGGAUUUAUAGCUUCCUCACUGAGUUCUUCUGGAGUCCACAAGUGCUAGAUAAAUGCAACUCUAAGGUUUGGAUACCUGACCCAAAGGGUACUGGUGAAUGGGUUAAUUCUCUGGAUUGCGUACUUCAUGAUAGGAAAAAUCUCUUUGGCUCUCGUUUUUUUUGUCUUGACAAGUUGUAUAAGAAAGAGCUUCUCCCCAUGUUUUGUUCAGCCUUUGGAGUUGCAGAACAUCCUUCCAUCAAUGACUACUUGCAGCUAUGGAACACAUGGGCUAUGAGGGAUAACUUCCAAGUGACUGUUGAAGAGUGCAACUCGUUUUGGGGAUGUGUAUUCGACAACUGGAAUCAACAUGUAGAAGAUACUCUGAAGGAGAAGUUGACCAAAUUACCUGCCACGAUUUCGUCCAUGGUUGGGGAAAUAUAUGUGAUGAGCAGAGAGGAAGUAUUCAUUGCUGAUGACUUGCAAUUGAAAACUAUCUUCUCAAGCUGUGAUAAGGUUCCUUUGUUUGUCUGGUUUCCUAAGAGUAACAGCUCGUCUUUUAUUCCUCCUAGAAGGCUACGUAAAAUUUACGAUUGCCUUGGAGUUAAAAGGAUUUCUCAAUCAGUUGAGUAUAAUGUGAGUGGCAUGGAAUCAUUAGAUCAUUUGGAAAAGGUUGAACCAAGAAAUGAACUGAUCAGAAGGGGUUUAAUCAAAAUUAUUCUGGGUUUUCUUGCUGGUCCUUUGGUAGAUAUGCCAUUGAAAGAGAGACACAAGGCUGCAAAGUUGAUAAGCGUGCUGUCAGUUUAUAAGAGUGACAAGCCAAUUAAAGUCUGCUAUCGACUAAUGCCAUCUGCGAGUACAACAGUCGAGGUAGAGAAAAUAAAGCUGGUUCUUUGGGAGAAGAAUUUGCAGCGAUUACUGAUUGAUAGAUUGGCCUAUGAAGAUGGAAAAGCUGAUCUAGAAUUUGUUACUUCUUUUGCUGAUGAACUGGCGCAAGGACUGUUAGCAGAUGCAAGACCCACAGCUGCAGAUGCACUGAGCAAGAUUAUCCAAAUGGGAUUUAUGUUUGAUUUUAUUGAGAAUGAAGUUGAUUUUUUGCUGAUGAAAGAAAAUCUAGAGUUAUAUAUGGAGGAUGAGCAGUUUCUUGAUUCUGCUUUCGUCUCAUCUGGAAAAAGUGGUCUUGUUUAUCGAAAGCGAUCAUGUAAGCAGUCACAACAAUUUGAUCCUUCCACGCCAAUGGUGUCUUGCAAGAAGCAGCGUAAGUGAUAAAGGGGUGAUCCAGGCUCUUUCUUUUGUUCAUAGCUUGAGUUGUCAUACAAGUGCCUUGAAGCUUUAUCAUGUUGUAUUUUGGUUGAUCCUUGUGUAUAUUUGUCUGAUAACAGUAUGGGAUGCAAAUACAGAUUGUAUGGAUAUGUAAUAUGGCUCUGUACUAUAAAAUGAAUAUGUU